UAAAUUUGGUUGCACAUGUCUUAAUGUCUAUGAUCAUUUGAGGUUACAAGUGUUUAUUUAUUUAUUUAUAUUGUAAAUUUAUUAUUAAAAAAAUAUUAAAAUGGAUCAUGAUUUAGUACAAGAUCAUGGUGGUUUACGUGUUGAUGGUAGAAAACCACUGGAAUUACGUCAAAUUCGUGUUAGAAUGGGUGUAUUUGGACAAGCUGAUGGUAGUGCAUAUUUAGAACAAGGAAAAACAAAAAUAUUAGCUACUGUUUAUGGUCCACAUCAGCCAAGAGGUGCAGCAGCAAGAAGUACUGCAAAUAAAUCAACAAAAGGUCUUGUUAAUUGUCAAUACAGUAUGGCUGUAUUUUGUUUAAGUUCUGGUGAAAGAAAAAGAAGACCAAGAGGUGAUAAAAAAACUCAAGAAAGAUCAAUACAACUUAGACAUGCCAUGGAAGCAAUAUUAAAUCUUGAAACAUUUCCACGUUCACAAAUUGAUAUAUUUAUUGAAGUACUUCAAGUUGAUGGUGGUGAUUAUUGUGCUGCUGUUAAUGCAGCAACAAUUGCACUUAUUGAUGCUGGUAUACCAAUAAAAGAUUAUGCUAUUGGUUGUACAGUAACAUUACCAGAUUCAUCAGUUAAAUAUGAUGAUGAAAUUGGUGGUAUUGGUAUACUUGAUGCAAAUAAUCUUGAAGAAUAUGGACCAGGUGUUACAUUAUCUGUUGUUGCAUUACCAGAAACAAUUAAUGAAGUUACAAAAGAACCAGGUCUUAUUGUUAUUGCUCAAGGUUCUGGACAACGUCUUCAUCUUAGUAAACUUGAAGGAAUGAAAAGUAGAGCAUUAUUUGGUUGUAUGAAUAUUAAAAAAAUUCUUGAUUUAGCUGUUAGACAACAUCUUAAUUCAAAUUCACUUCCAUCAUUAUUUAAUGUACAUACUUUAGAAUAAAUAAUUAAAUAAAUUCAAUAAAUUUCUCUUUUAUUUUUAUUAACAAUACUAUAUUCAAUUAGUUCAUAAUUUGUGAAAAAAAAAUAUGAUCAAAAAUUUACAAAAAAAUAUACUUUUAACAAUAUAAGUAAUUUUUUUUUUUUUUCAUUUAAUUAUUUGAUAUAAAUUCUAAAUUUUAUUUCCAUAACUGGUGUAUAAAAAUAGUAAAUUAAUUAUUUAUUUAUAAUUUUGCAUCUGGAUGUCUUUCCAUGAUCAUACCAACA